UUUGCUAGUGUAAAGAAGUAUGUUUGAUCUUGGCUCCUAAAAACGAUUGUUUUGUUGUUCCUUUUCUGCGUUCCUAUUUAUGUUGGUUCCUUAGAAACUAACGAAAGGAAAAUUUGAAUUUUCACUCGACUUGAAUUGAAUCCUAUCCAACAAUGCAAUUUGCUUAACAGUGGUUUUUGUUAGGUUUAAGAUCUUAUAUAAAUCAUCUACAUAGUUCAAUCAAGUAUUAUUUGAAUAUCAGCUUAAUGGGGCUUUGAAUCUUACAAGAAUUACUGGUUUGUCUAUACAUUUAUCAGAAGAUCUUAUGUCACAGACAAACAUCUUUCAAACAUUAAAUUCUCAGAAAAUCUAACCUUAAAACCUCCAUCAUCUGUGCUGAGAAGUCCAAUCUUAACCUAAGCCCACGUCAUCAACAACUUCUAUGCACACUCACAUCACAAUGGAACCGUGUAUUCUUAAUCUUAUUACUGUUACAUUAUCAUUACUAGCUUUAACUCUGUUUCGGUAACUUUUCCUCUUUUUUCCCACUAAAUUUCUCUUGCUUACAAUGUGUUCGAUGAAAUGCCUCUUUCACUCAUCCAAUUGAAUCUCUAACUUUUCAUAACCAUAGCUUCUUCUUCCAAAUGCCUCCCAACAUCACACUCAAACCCUCUUCAUCUUCUUCCCCAUUCAAAAACAUCACCUUCCACAACAAACCACCAAUUCCAACACAACCCAUUGAUCACUCACACCUCUCACAACUCCUCUCAAAACCCAACUCCGAUUGGGUCAUUUUACUCAACCACCAACUCCACACCAACAAAUUACUACUCACACCCCCCUCACUCUCAACUAUUUUCCAAAACAUUCAUAACCCAUUACACUCCAUCAAAUUCUACACAUGGGUUUCAUCCAUCAACUCUUCAUUGGUAAACAACUCUUCCAUUCACCGCAUUUUAGGUAACACCUUGUACCGAAAUGGUCCUGUUGUUUUAUCUGCUGAGUUUCUUAAUGAUGUUCAUAAGUCAGGGUUUAAGGUUAGUGAAGAUUUGUUAUGUGUUUUGAUGAGUAGUUGGGGUAGACUUGGUUUAGCUAGAUAUUGUGUUGAUGUUUUCGGUCAAAUAUCGUUUUUAGGGAUUUCGCCGACGACUAGGUUGUAUAAUUCUCUUAUUGAUGCAUUGGUUAAAUCGAAUUCCAUUGAUUUGGCUUAUUCUAAGUUUCAACAGAUGGUUGGUGAUCAUUGUUUUCCUGAUAGGAUAACCUAUAAUGUUCUUAUUCAUGGUGUUUGUAAGAUUGGUGUUGUUGAUGAGGCGCUUCGUUUGAUUCGACAAAUGAAGGAUAAGGGACUUUUUCCUAAUGUGUUUACUUAUACGAUAUUGAUUGAUGGGUUUUGUAAUGCUAAGAGGGUUGAUGAGGCUUUUGGGGUUUUGGAUAUGAUGAAAGAGAGUAGGGUUUGUGCAAAUGAGGCUACUAUUAGGACUUUGGUUCACGGGGUUUUCCGUUGCGUUGAUCCGAGUAAGGCGUUUGUGUUAUUGUCUGAGUUUUUGGAUAGGGAGGAGGAUUUUUGUUCUGGUAAGUUAGCUUGUGAUACAGUGUUGUAUUGCCUCGCGAAUAAUUCUAUGGCGAAAGAGAUGGUUGUGUUUAUAAGAAAAGCCUUAGCUAGAGGUUAUGUUCCUGACAGUUCUGUUUUCAAUGUUAUAAUGGCUUGUUUGGUUAAGAGAGCUGAGCUUAGAGAGGCUUGCGAGAUAUUUGAAAUUUUCACGAAGCGAGGUGUGAAGCCGGGAAUUGGUACUUAUCUUACACUUGCUGAAGCUUUGUACAAGGAUGAACAAAGAGAUGAAGGGGAUCAGAUUUCUGAUCAAAUGGUUAGUGAUGGGUUGAUUUCGAAUGUCGUUUCAUAUAACAUGUUGAUUGAUUGCUUCUGCAAAGUAAGCUUGAUGGACAAAGCAUCUGAGGUUUUUAGUGAGAUGCAGCUUAGAGGCUUCACUCCCAACCUUGUUACCUUCAAUACACUUAUUAAUGGACAUUGCAAAGAUGGAGCAAUAAUUAAGGCACGAGAACUGCUAGAGAUGCUUUUAGAAAAUAGACUUAAACCUGAUAUAUUCACUUUUAGUUGUAUAAUUGAUGGACUUUGUCGAUUAAAGAGGACCGAGGAAGCUUUUGAAUGCUUUAAUGAGAUGGUUGAAUGGGGGGUUAAUCCAAAUGCUAUCAUUUACAAUAUCUUGAUUCGGUCUUUAUGCAGCAUCGGGGAAACUACAAGAUCAGUGAAGCUCUUAAGAAGAAUGCAAGAGGAAGGAAUAAGCCCUGACAUCUACUCCUAUAAUGCUUUGAUUCAAAUUUUCUGUAGGAUGAAUAAGGUUGAGAAAGCUAAAAAGCUUUUUGAUUCAAUGUCAAAAUCUGGCUUUAAUCCUGACAAUUACACAUACAGUGCUUUUAUAGCGGCGCUGUCUGAAUCUGGGAGAUUAGAAGAAGCUAAGAAGAUGUUUUACUCAAUGGAGGCAAAUGGUUGCUCUCCUGAUUCAUAUGUAUGCAACUUAGUUAUUAAAGCAUUGGUUCGGCAGGAUCGUGUUGAAGAGGCCCAAAAGAUCGUAGAAAGAUGCCGACAGAAAGGAAUAGCUUUGAACUGUACUCCUGAUUCAUAGACUUUAUCUCUAUUUGUUUUUGGAUGCUGCUACAUUAUUGAGAGUUCCACAGAGAAGAUAUUGAUACAGGAUACAGAUCACAACUUCAGCCUCAUGAACCUGGAAAUCCACUUGGAACAAAGCUGAGGAUAUAAUUUUCAUCAUACAUUGUUUUUGUUUGUUCUACGAAAAAAAAACAUUGGAUUAUACGACAUCGUUUUUGUCACACAAUUCUGAACUCAAAUUCGAAGUUGUGAGCUUCAUACUCCAUACGGCAUCAUUUCUGAGUUGACCCCUUCCAAAUUGGUUUUGAAUCUGCAAUAUACUGAUAACAAAUCAGCCUCCACUAGUUAGUUGUUCCUGUAUCCAUUUUAAGAGGACUUGUCUAAGUUGAUAAGAUUCUUGAUCAAGAGGAUUUCGGAGUCAUCUGAGAGUGGAAGGGUUCUUGGUAAAGACACUAGUGCUGGAAAAAAAACUAAGAUCAGAUAACUUAUUAAGCUCUUUUGACGACUCAACUUAAAAGGAUGUUAGCAAAGGGGUAGUUGAUGAUUAUUCUAAAGUUGAAAGCAAACUAAAUUAUUUCAAAUAUGGAGACACAGACACCUCAAAUAUGAAGUACCAACGGUGACGCUUCUAUCAGUCAGGCCAACAAAGAUGGAUCCAACUCCGUCAAUGAUGAAUUGAAUAGUCAAUUAAAUGUAAAUAAAUUAGACAUAGGAGAUGUUGAUGCUGGAAGGGGUUCAUUUGGAUGGAAUUGAAGAGAAUCCUUCUCCUAUUGGUGAUGAACAUUUGACAGUUUCGCAACAAAAGGAGAAAGAACUCGUUGAUGAAGUAACUGUAAGGAGUUCAGGAGUGAAACAUCUUGAACGAGAAUUGGAACUGAUGAAAGCAGCAGCUGAAAUGACAUUUAAUAACAAACAGUCUGUUGACUUCUACCUUGACCAGUUGACUGAACAAAUACUUGCUAAAGAAAAUCACCUUUCUACUUGGAAAUAGUUUAUCGGCAUGUUGGUUGACAUGGCGAUGGUGGUGGUUAUCAUUCGGAUGGGCAAGUCUAGACAACGAAGACGGGGCAUUGUAAUUCGAGAUUUUUUGUAUUGACUCUAUAUUUACCCACUUUUUGGUUGUGACCUUUUUUGUAUUAAUUGUGUUCAAAGAUUGUAUUACUUUCGCUCAUUUUUUAAUAUCAGGGUAAAUUUUGUAA